AUUUUGGGUGUGUUUUGGGUAAAAACAUAGACAAUUGGUAGUAUAAAUACAGUAGGUCUAAAAUAACCCCCAACAGUUUAGAACAGACAUCGAGACCGAGAAGUGCAACAAUGUUGUUCAACUAUCUGCGAAAACCGAAUCCGAAGAACCUCUUGGGCUCUCCAGACGCAUUUAGAUACUUCGAAUAUGCAAUGUUUUGCAUGGGAUGGAAAAGUCCAGCAACCUAUAAGAUUCUUUACUACAUAACAUCCAGUUUGCUUUUCGCUUGGUGUGCAGUAUACUUGCCCAUCGGAAUCAUCAUUAGUUGCAAAAAGGAUAUAAACACUUUCACGCCGAAUGAACUGCUGACAGUUUUGCAAUUAUUUUUCAAUUCAGUGGGAAUGCCAUUCAAGGUUAUAUUCUUCAAUGUGUAUAUUUCGGGAUUUUACAAGGCCAAAAAGCUACUGAGCGAAAUGGACAAACGUUGCACUACUAUGAAGGAGCGAGUGGAGGUGCAUCGAAGUGUGGUCUCUUGCAACAAAGCCUACCUUAUUUACCAGUUCAUCUAUACCGCCUACACUAUUUCCACUUUUCUAUCGGCCGCCCUAAGUGGAAAGUUGCCAUGGCGCAUCUAUAAUCCGUUUGUUGAUUGGCGAGCAAGUCGUUCCAGUUUUUGGAACGCUGCCCUCAACGAGACAGCACUCAUGCUAUUUGCUGUGACCCAAACCCUAAUGAGCGACAUAUAUCCACUGCUAUAUGGUUUGAUCCUGAGAGUUCACAUCAAACUUUUGCGCCUGAGGGUGGAGAAACUUUGCACUGAGCCCGGAAAAAGCGAUGCUGAAAACGAGCAAGAUUUGAUUAAGUGCAUCAAGGAUCAUAAGCUUAUUUUUGAGUAUGCUGCAGCAAUACGACCAGCGAUCUCAUGCACAAUCUUAAUCCAAUUCCUAUUGAUUGGAAUUUGCCUUGGCCUUUCCAUGAUCAAUUUGCUCUUCUUUUCGGACAUCUGGACAGGAUUGGCCACAGUGGCCUAUAUUAAUGGUCUAAUGGUGCAGACAUUUCCAUUUUGCUUUGUGUGUGAUCUGCUCAGAACGGAUUGUGAACUUCUGGUUUCGGCCAUAUUCCAUUCCAACUGGAUUCAUUCUAGUCGCAGUUACAAAUCCACACUGAUUUAUUUCCUGAAGAACUCCCAAAAAUCAAUUGCUUUUACAGCCGGCUCUGUUUUUCCCAUCUCCACACGAUCGAAUAUUAAGGUGGCUAAGCUGGCGUUUUCGGUGGUUACCUUUGUCAAUCAACUGAACCUGGCUGACAGAUUGACAUAGAAAUAAUUAUUGCACAAAGUAAAGAAUCCAAUAGUAAUUUGCAGCAUUGCAGAAAAUAACUCUGUCAAAUUUAGUGCGCUAUUAGUUUAAUUAUUUUCCAUUAAUUCUUUUCCUUGGGCCAAAUAAAAAAUUCCUUUCCCAGCUACUUCUGUGGUCACUGCUGCAAGCCAAAAUUCCGGAAGCUGACAAGUUGAAGGGGGAUUAGAAGCAACUACCAACAUAAGUGACCUAAGUACACAUGCACUCUGCUUAGCUCUAAAAUCAAUUUGGCCUAACCGCAAAAGGAAACAUAUACAGAUAACAACAACGGCUUUCAAAUUUUGUGGCCUGUCUGUAGGAGAAAGUUUGGGGGGGUGUGGAAAAACAAGUAAAUAAACAAGCAAAUAAACAGUGAGGCCAAAAGACGCUGGGGCAGAUGGUAAAGUCAAUUAAAAUUCAGGAAAAUUAAUUGCUUAAAAUACGCAUAGAAUUGAUUUACAAAUUCGCCAAGGACAUCGUAAACAAGAAAUCUGUUUUAAUUGCGGUUGCGCCUUGGGCAAGGACUCCAGACUUUAAACUCUAAACGCCGCCCCCCCCAUCUCCCUGAAAAUCCAUUCCUUCCUUCAUUCCUUCAGCAGCGAGUUCAAAGUCUAGCCGCUAG